CAAGUGUUCCGCAGCCUCACUGUUGUACAUGUAACAUGUGAAGCUCGAGUUUACAUCCUGCAUUGAGGACAGGCGAGUGGAAUCCCAAGAGGAUGUUGAGACUCAACAGAUAUAUGAGCUCAUGGAGUGUCUUGCGGUCAACAAUAAGGGGAAACAACAUUUCAAAUCACAUCCCAAACACCACAUGCAGAUCUUCAGCUCCAUCACAUUUAUGUGCACGACAAAGAGCCUUUUACUCUCAAAACACCCCUAAAACUUCAAAACCAAGCUCGUCCGCAAGCAUCAAACUGCGCACACGCUUGGUGGUGACUCUGCUUUUCGGAGGUGGCAUCAUUGGCACUUGGUGGUACGCGCAUCAGGAGAAAGAAAAGAGGAUUCAGAUGCAAAGACUGGAGCAGUUGCGAAAAGUGGCUCUCGGACAGGGAGAUUUCAAUUUGCUGGAUCAUACAGGACAGCGCAGAACCAAACGAGACUUUCUGGGACAUUGGGUGCUCUUAUAUUUUGGUUUCACCCACUGUCCUGAUAUCUGUCCUGAUGAGCUGGAAAAAUUGACCAGCGUGGUGCAUAUUUUGGAUAAAGACCCAAGCUUGCCUUCUGUUCAGCCUCUUUUUAUCACAGUUGACCCAGAAAGAGAUGAUGUUUCUGCUAUGGCCAGGUAUGUGAAAGAUUUUCAUCCCCGUUUGGUUGGACUUACCGGGAGCGCGGAGGAAGUGAAGCAGGCGGGACGGGAUUUUAGGGUUUACGCCAGCAAUGGGCCUAAAGAUGAGGAUGGGGACUAUAUUGUGGAUCACAGCAUUGUCAUCUACCUGGUCAACCCGGAUGGACUGUUUAUCGACUAUUAUAAUAGGAUGAAAAAUGACACUCAGAUUGCUGAGAGUAUUCGCAAUCACAUGAAGACCUUUGUUAGAUUGUUUCCAGAUUAAUCUGAGCGAGACAAGUCAUGUUUAUAAAUAAAGGUGAAUUUUA